CUCCCAGCCGGCAAGCGACCGUUCCCAGCUGGCCACGAGGCGAGCCGCCGUGUCCCCGCCAGGCAUUUAGCGCGGACAGCCCGGGCUCGGGGUGCGCCGCGCUAGGCCGCCGGCUGGGGCCUGAGUGGGGCCCUCUAGCUCUCGGCGGCGUCACGUGCGCGACUCCUGGCUGAGAAGAUGCCCCCCAAAGGGAAAAGCGGCGGCAAAAGUGGGAAGGGAGGAGCUGCUGGCGGUGGGGGCAGUGCUGAGAGGCAGGCCCCGGCCCCGAAGGGUGGGGGCAGCUCUGUGAAGGUUAGACACAUCCUAUGUGAAAAGCACAGCAAAAUCAUGGAGGCCAUGGAGAAGCUGAAGUCUGGAGUGCGCUUCAGUGAAGUAGCCUCACAGUACAGUGAAGAUAAAGCCAGACAAGGGGGAGACUUGGGCUGGAUGACCAGAGGUUCUAUGGUGGGACCUUUCCAGGAAGCAGCAUUCGCCUUGGCUGUCAGCAGUAUGGAUAAGCCAGUGUACACAGACCCUCCUGUCAAAACGAAGUUUGGAUACCACAUAAUUAUGAUUGAAGGGAGAAAAUAAAAUACAAAAAAGAGUGAA